CACAACUUCGCGCACCAUCGUGAGACCUAUCAUCUACAUCAUACAUCAUACAUCGUACUAUCAUACGUAAUUGAUUGUUUGUAGAAACGUCUGUGUUCUUCUAGAUAGUUUUAGAUCAUUCCAAAAAUCAUCCCAUCGCAAUUCUAUAGGCCUUUCGUGAAGAUGGUAGAACAUACUUAUCUCAUGACUUUUCAAUUAUUUAAGGAGCCUCAGACAUCGUGAUACUAGCUUCUCUCGUUCCUCAGAUCAGACACAAAUCAGAACAAUCACACGCAAACAAACGAGCCUUUUAUGAAAUCUUUCACUCGCACUCUUACAACAAGAGUAAAGCCGCAAAGAAUCAUAAAGCCUAAAUACCUUAAACCAAUUAACACUACAAUCUCACCUGCCAACAACUUCCACACUACUGCAUCCAAAAUGUCCGUGUUUGGACCUCGAUUCUACUCUCCCGCCGAGCCCAACUUCACCGGCCUCUUCCGACUAAUUGACGACUUCGACCGCUACGCCGGACAGAGCGAGAACGGCGCAGCUGCUCAACAAGCCGGUGGUCGUCAUGGUCGUCACCUACCGACCUUCACUCCCAAGUUCGACUUGAAGGAGACCGAGAAUCACUACGAACUCCAGGGAGAACUGCCUGGCAUUGAGAAAGACCAAGUCAACAUUGAGUUCACCGACCCGCAGACCAUUGUUAUCCGCGGCCGCGUUGAGCGCUCUUACACCUCCGGCACUCCCCCGGCCGGUCUCCUCGAGAAGGGUGAGUCGAAGGGCGCUAUCGCCGACGCCCCUAAGGAACAGCACGAGAAGGCACCAAAGCCCACGGUUGAAGAUGCUCCUGAGGGUGGUAGCACCGUCGCCGAGGCCAACAAGAAUAAGGCGGCGGCCGAGCAGCCCAAGCAGCCCCAGGCUAAAUACUGGGUCUCGGAGCGCAGCGUCGGUGAGUUCUCGCGAACCUUCCAGUUCCCGAGCCGCGUCGACACCGACAACGUCAGCGCCUCGCUUAACAACGGCAUCCUGAGCGUCAUAGUCCCCAAGGCUAAGAAGCCCGAGGGCCGCCGCGUAGUCAUCAACUAAGCGGAUUUACCUAAUCUGAUCCAUUCCUUUCCUUGAUACCUAUUAUUAUAACUACCACUACUAUAUUACUACCGCCUUCAAUUCUCCUCACGUUCUUUUCUUACUACACACGCUCCUUUCUCUAGUUCUUCAUGAAUACUACAUCACGUAAUCACGUCAUCAGCACGGAGUUCUUGCACGGCAUUGCGCGAUGAUAGAUGAAAAUCGAUUGGGCCGGUCUGGCGUCUGACAAUCAUUCGGGAAAUCAGGGGAAAAGUGGUUCGCGGAGGAUUUGUGAUUUUUGGUCGUUUCUAUCGAGCUAAUAAGUUGUUUCUGCGGAGGAAGGCGUCGCAUUGUACUUGGGCUUAUGGGUUAUAAUUGAUGAUAAUAUAUCAUUAAUAAAAAUUUAUUAAAAAAAAA